UUUCCUGGAUUUUUUUUUUUUUUUUCCUUGCUGAGCGGCAUUGAAGGGUGGGGCCGCUUCUCUGCAGCACCGGCGGCAGCGACAGCGGCUGCAGCACCAUCGGAGACUGCGGCUCAGGCGGCCACGCUUGGUCUCUGCGGGAGGCAAUCGACCCCCCCAGACCCUGCCAGAGGGCCGGCUGCUUCCGGACGCCGGCGGAAAGCAGCAUCUUGCCGGAUCCUCGCCACCCAGCCCUUCCUCUGCGCCAUGGCUUAAGCCCGCAGCCACCUUGCCUCGCGUCGCCGGGCUCGGCCGGGGUCUGCGCGCCGCCGCCGCAGCCGCAGGGAGGGGCGCGUCCCAGACGCCCUAGUAGGGGACUCCGGGACUCCCAGCCUCUGGCGCCGCGGCAGACUGCACUCCCGGAGCGUUCGAAGCCGGUAAACCGAGGGACUUUUCGGACUUUGUCUCAGCAGUAGCUCUCGCCGGGUGCUUUCUGAGGGAGGAGGGCGAGGUCGCUCUGGCUGAUCUGGGUCAGAAAUUGGUGGGAACCGCAUUGGCCGGUCGGGGUCGGGGGCUGAAGGAAGAAGCUUCGAGACUUGCUUCAGAACCACAGUAAGAAAGAGAGCGGCCAGCCUUGCCCUUGCAGCUAGCAUCAUGGCGUGGCCGUGCAUCACGCGGGCCUGCUGCAUCGCCCGCUUCUGGAACCAGCUAGACAAGGCGGACAUCGCCGUGCCUCUGGUUUUCACCAAAUACUCGGAGGCCACCGAGCACCCGGGCGCCCCACAGCAGCUGCCGCCGCCUCAGCUGCCGCCGGCGCAGCCCCCCUCGGCGCGCGCGGUCGCCAUAGAGACGCAGCCCGCCCAGGGCGAGUUGGAUGCAGUUGCCCGGGCAACAGGGCCGGCGCCAGGGCCUAGUGGCGAACGCGAGGCGGCCGCCGCCCCCGGCCGGGGCGGGUCAGGCCCCGGCCCCAGCUCAGGCUCCGCCUCCAGCACAGGGCCCGCGGACUCUGUGAUGCGUCAGGACUACCGCGCCUGGAAAGUGCAGCGGCCAGAGCCCAGCUGCCGGCCGCGCAGCGAGUACCAGCCGUCCGACGCGCCCUUCGAGCGCGAGACCCAGUACCAGAAGGACUUCCGGGCCUGGCCGCUGCCGCGCCGCGGAGACCACCCGUGGAUCCCCAAGCCCAUGCAGAUCCCCGCGUCCUCGGCGCCUGUUCUCGGGGCGCCCAAGCGCCGGCCGCAGAGCCAGGAGCGCUGGCCCAUGCAGGCUGCUGCCGACGCCCGGGAGCAGGAAGCCCCUGGCGGAGCCGGUCGCCCGGCGGCCGGAAAGGCAUCGGGUGCAGACGAGCACGACACCCGCAGGAAGGCCGGGCCCGCCUGGAUGGUGCGCCGCGACGAGGGGCAUGGGCAGGAGCAGAUGCCAGCGCCCGCAGCCCAGACGCAGGCCGGAGCCGGUCGCCCGGCGGCGGGAAAGGCGUCGGGUGCGGACGAGCACGACAUCCGCAGGAAGGCCGGGCCCGCCUGGAUGGUGCGCCGCGACGAGGGGCAUGGGCAGGAGCAGACGCCGCUGCCCACAGCCCAGGCCCAGGCCCCCGCCGAGGAGGGUCGCCCCGCGGCCGGAAAGGCGUCGGGUGCAGAUGAGCGCGACACCCGCAGAAAGGCCGGGCCCGCCUGGAUGGUGACUCGCGCCGAGGGGCUGGGGCCCGAGCAGACGCCGGUGCCCACUGCCCAGGCCCAGGCCCCGGCCGAAGAGGGUCGCCCUGCGGCCGGAAAGGCGUCGGGUGCAGAUGAGCGCGACACCCGCAGAAAGGCCGGGCCCGCCUGGAUGGUGACUCGCGCCGAGGGGCUGGGGCCCGAGCAGACGCCGCUGCCUGCAGCUCACGCCCCCGCCGAGGAGGAUCGCCCCGCGGCCGGAAAGGCAUCGGGUGCAGAUGAGCGCGACACCCGCAGGAAGGCCGGGCCCGCCUGGAUGGUGACUCGCGCCGAGGGGCUGGGACCCGAGCAGACGCCGGUGCCCACUGCCCAGGCCCAGGCCCCGGCCGAAGAGGGUCGCCCCGCUGCCGGAAAGGCGUCGGGUUCGGAUGAGCGCGACACCCGCAGGAAGGCUGGGCCCGCCUGGAUGGUGCGCCGCGCUGAGGGGCUGGGGCCCGAGCAGACGCCGCUGCCCACAGCCCAGGCCGGAGGCCCGGAGGGUGGCAAGGGACGCGCGGCUGCGGACGCCCUCAACCGGCAAAUCCGCGAGGAGGUGACGAGCGUAGUGAGCAGCUCCUACAGCACUGUUGACAAUAGCCAAGAUGUGGAAUCAACCAAUGCUGUCCAUCAACAGAUGAAUGGAUAAAGAAAAUGUGGCAUAUAUACACAAUGGAAUGCUAUUCAGCCAUAAAGAAAGAAAUCCUGUCAUUUGCAGCAAAAUGGAUGGAGCUGGAGAACAUCAUGUCAUGUUGAAUGAAAUAAGCCAAACACAGAAAGAAAAAUACUGCAUGUUCUCCCCUCUAUGUGGGAACUGAAAAUAAAGCCUAAUCUGAACACAAAAUGGUGAUUACUAGAAUCUGGGAAGGGUGAGGGGACAGAGGGAGUUUUGAUUAAAAAACAAAAAACCGGGAAGCUGGGUGUGGUUCAUUAAUUGUGACAAAUACACUAAUAUGAAAUAUUAAUAAGGGAAGCUGGGUGUAAGGUACAUGAGAAUUCUUUGUACUACUUCAUAAUUUUCUGUUCAGUAAAUUUAAAAAAAAAAUAAUGAAACCUGAGGGGUAGCAUCUGGCAGAGCUGUUAAGCUGCUGGUUGGAAAGCCGACAUCCUCCACUCCAGCUCCCUGCUAAUAUCUACUCUGGCGGGCAGCAGGCAAUGGCUCAGAUAAUUGGGUCCCUGCCAACUGCCAUGGGAGACUCAGACUGUGCCCCAGGCUCCUGGCUUCAGCCUGGCUCACUCCUAGUUGUUACAGGCAUUUGGGGAGUGAACCAGCAAAUGGGAGAUCUUGCUCUCUCUCUCUGCUUCUCUGCCUUUCAAAUAAAUAAAUAUAAAAUGAAGCCUAAGAAUCUGGUGUUUUAACAAGCACUCUAGAUAAUUUUGAUGCAAAUACACUUGGGCUGUACUUGGGAAAACGCUGUUCACACAAAUUGGCCAUGAAUUUUCCCACAUAGAGACAUGAUAAAGCUUGGCAUGUAUUAUUUAAGUCUUUUAAGUUUUCACAUAUUUUAUGAUCUUUUCCCACAAAAAUCAUAUAUACCCAAGCAUAUACACAUCAUUUUAAAUUGUAUUUUUUUCUGUUUAGAUAUUUAUUAAUCUAAAUGGGUCUUGUGUUUAUGUAUAGAGAGAGGUGGGAACUGAGUUUUUUCUGUCAUAUAGAAAGUCAUUGAUCCUCUGUCACAUAAGAUAUAUCACACAGAUAUACUUGGAUAUUAUUUCUAGAGCCUCCAUUACAUUCCAUUAGUCUGUACUAAUGUCACACUUUCUUAUUUUUUUCUAAGUUAUCUUUUAAUUAUUGUCCCUGUGGUAAAGAGUUUGUACAUUUUCUAACUUGUUUUUGUCCAUACACAUUAAUUUUUUUUUAAAUUUUUUGACAGGCAGAGUGGACAGUGAGAGAGAGAGACAGAGAGAAAGGUCUUCCUUUGCCAUUGGUUCACCCUCCAUUGGCCGCUGCGGCCGGCACGCUGCGGCUGGCACACCGCACUGAUCUGAUGGCAGGAGCCAGGUACUUCUCCUGGUCUCCCAUGGGGUGCAGGGCCCAAGCACUUGGGCCAUCCUCCACUGCCUUCCCUGGCCACAGCAGAGAGCUGGCCUGGAAGAGGGGCAACCGGGACAGAAUCCGGCGCCCCGACCGGGACUAGAACCCGGUGUGCCGGCACCGCAAGGCGGAGGAUUAGCCUAGUGAGCCGCGGCGCUGGCAAUACACAUUAUUUUUACAUGUUUGCUCACGUGCAUUUAUUUUUCCACAUCCUCUAAUUAGCCAGUCUGCAGGCUCUCUGGGACUCUGUGAAGGAAAUGGGUUUUUAGCAAAGAGCAACUGAUCGCCUUCCUUUCCAGUGUUACGUGUCUUGCUUUUAUUGUGUUGCUGCAUUGCUCAGGACACCCAGUGUAGCUUCAAAUAGUUGGUAGCAGCACACAUCUUAGUCCCGGGACAUGGGGAUGCUUCUGAAGCCUCACCCUUAAGUGGGAGGUUUGUUCUUGUUUUUAUGAGUUCAGUUUAGAAAACUUUUUUUAAUCCUAGUUUUCUAAGUUUUUUUUUUUUUCAAAUGUGAGUGGAUAUUGAAUUUUAUUGAAUGGUUUUCUACAUCAACUGAGAAGGUUUUUCUUUUUUAACAUGUUAAUACCUUUUUCCCUUAAUACUGAAUUAUCUUUACAUUCCUGGGGUGCAUCUUGCUUGUGUAAAGAUAUAUUUUACUAUGCUGAAUUUGGUUUGCUGUUUUUUUGUUUCAAAUGUUUGCAUAUAUAUGCAUAAGUGAAACUGGCCUACAAUUUUCUCCUUUUUUAUGUUAUCUUGUAUAAUAUUAGGAUCGAGGUUAUUUCUAUAAAAUCAAAUGGAUAGUUUCCACUCCUUUUCUACUGUUUGGAAUAAUUUACACAAGGGUUGCUCCUUAAAUAUCUGUUAAGAUUCUCCUGUUGGCUGGUGCCGCGGCUCACUAGGCUAAUCCUCCGCCUUGCGGCACCGGCACACCGGGUUCUAGUCCCGGUCGGGGCGCCAGAUUCUGUCCCGGUUGCCCCUCUUCCAGGCCAGCUCUCUGCUGUGGCCCGGGAGUGCAGUGGAGGAUGGCCCAAGUUCUUGGGCCCUGCACCAGCAUGGGAGACCAGGAGAAGUACCUGGCUCCUGGCUUUGGAUCAGCACAGCGUGCCGGCCGUGGCGGCCAUUGGAGGGUGAACCAACGGCAAAGGAAGACCUUUCUCUCUGUCUCUCUCUCUCACUGUCCACUCUGCCUGUCAAAAAAAAAAAAAAAUUUUUUUAAAAAUCAAUUGCCUGUCAAAAAAAAAAAAAAAAGAUUCUCCUGUAAAACUUCUGGGCUAGGUGUCUUUUCCAUGAAGUUUAAAAAAAAACUAUUAAUUUCACAUCUUCAAUAGUUAUUCAUUUUUUUCAGCUUUUGUAUUUUUUCUUGAGUCAAUCUUGGUAAUCAGUUUUUUUCUGGAAAAUUUCAUAUUCUACUUUUUAAACUCAUUGUCAUCAAGUGAAUCACAGCAUUAUCUUGUGAAUCAAAAAUAAUUUCUACUGACCCAUAGUUAUUUUCCCUUUUUCAUAACAUACUAGUUUACACCUUGCCUCUUUUUUUCAGAGUUAAUCUUGUUGAGAUUUUUUUGUUGUUGUUGUUGUUCUCUAAAAGUAUCAAAUUUUGGUUUGUGGCAUAUCUCUUUUUCAGUGAAUGUUGCUCAUGUUUUUUAUUAUUUCCUUUCUUUUUAUACUCUGAGAGAUAGGGAUAGGCCAAGUUUAAACAGCCAUGCACCUCUAAGGGGUUUGGACUUGCUUCUGUAGACAAGUGUCCAUCACUGGGGCAGUGUAAGCAGAACAACAUAACUUGAUUUGACUUUAAUAAAUUUCCAGCUGGCUGGCUGGGAAGUGGGAGGGAGGGCAGCAGGCAGGCAGGCUCCUGAGAGACUGCAGAGAGACUGGCAAGUCCUCACCAUGGCUGUGGGGUAGAGUCACAGGGUGGAACAGGUCGAAAAAGCAGAUCUUCCUCCUGCCCCAAAGACUGAUUUACUUGAAAGGCAAAGUUAGAGAGAGAGAGAGAUGGAGAGACAGAGAGGGAGCGCUUCCAUCUGCUGGUUCACUCCCAGAUGGCCACAACGGCCAGGGCUGAGCCAGGCUGAAGCCAAGAGCUUCAUUCGGGUCUAGCAUAUGGGUGGCAGGGGCCCAAACACUUGGGCCAUCUUCUGCUGCUUUUCCCAGGUCAUUAAUGAGGAGCUGGAUGGGAAGUGGAGCAGCCAGACUUCAACCAGUGCCCUGUGUGGGAUGCCGGCUCCGCAGGUGGUGGCUUUACCAGCUGCCAUAUGGCAGCUCCAAAACAAAGGAUCUUAAUGACCAGUGGAGAUGCAGGAAAGAGAAUGCAAUUCAGAGUGACUCCUAUUUGUAUUUUGGGUUGGGUAACUGGUAGUAGUACUAGUCACUGGAACAGAUGAACAAGUCAGAGGUGGAAGCUGAGCUUACUAUUUAGUGUGUAGGAUUUCUGCUAUCUGUGGGACGCCUGACAAGCUGUUCAAAGGUCGGAUGGACCUGAAGCUUAGGGGAGGUUUGACUAAAUAUAGGUUUGAAAACCAUCUGCUGUGGAUGUGCUUCAAGGCACGAGAGGAGGUGAAAUCACGCCUGGAGAGGGAGUAGAGAAAUUUAGCCAUCGAAGAACAGAAUCCCAGAGGUACAAGUCUCGGGGGUUAUGACACCAGAAGGAAUCCCAGAGGUACAAGUCUUGGGGGUUACUGACAGCGGACGGGCCCUCCAUAAGAUGAAGGAGUGACCGAGGAGGGAAGAAAACCAGGAGAGACUUGUCAUGGAAACCACAUCGAGGUGCUCUAUGCCUCCUUAGGAAAUUUGGUUGAGGACCUCCUAUAUGCAAAGCAUUUUGCUAGCUCAUUGGCUGACCCUGUGUAGUUAGCCAGCUACCCUCAGAGAUACAGUAAGAUUCAUAUUGACUAGGAUUAACACACAAGUGAGACAAGAUACCCUCAAUUAAGUCUGGGUUGCUCUCUGAGAGAAAAAUGGCAUCAAACGCAUUUAACUUUAAAAAGUUAUCAAGCCAGUGAUACUCCCAAACCUGCAAUCACUAAAAAGACUCCAUGUCCCGUACACAAAACUAAAACAGUGCAGCAAAUUCCAGUAGGAUUAGGGGCCAUACCGCAGCUCUGAGGUGUAGCUGUGGCUUUACAUGUGGUGUCCAUGGUAUAAAUGCAGACAGGUAGGCUUCUAAUUUUCUGCUGAACAAAUAUCAUUUCAAGAUGGGCCUGAACCAGCAAACUAAAAGCUCUCUUGCUGGUCACUGGAGAUGCUACUCUCACCAGUAGAAACAGUAAUGGUAGCUCUCUGAGUGUGCUUAGCAGGCUAGAAUCUUGCAUAUGCUUUCUCCUAUCAUCUGUUUAGUAGCCCAGCAAAAACAGAACUGUUACUUCCCUGUGAGAGCUCAGGGCCCAUAAGCCUCUCGUUUGCCUUUAGGUUUCAGGAUCAUUGUCUACACUAGGUGCUUCCUGUACAUCAUUUCACUUGUCCGAUCCCAACCCCCUGGCAGUCUGGUAAGCAUUGUGUUAGGCCCUGAGCUAAGCCCUGGGAUGACAAGGUGGCAUUUUCUCUCCAGCAGCUUAUGUUUAUUAAGGCAGCAACAAAUGGGCUGGAAGUUGUAGGUGCAGGAUGCGUUGGGGCACGGCACAGAAGGGUGAAGUCUCCUGAGUAGAGGGUCCCCGGGAAAGGCGGCAGUGAAAAGUGUGGCUGGUGCGCCAAGUGUUCAAAGAUGGGCUGCCAUUAAAUGGAGAAGGGAUCGAUUUGAGAAGAGAAACUAAGCAAUUCUGUGCAGGUGGAACUCAGAGGCACCAUUGCCUUAGGACAGAAUGCUGAGGGUGGCGGGGGGAUCAGGGAGGUAGGCUGGGACCAGCUGCUUUAUCAUAGAGCAAAGAGAAGCAUCAGGAUGAGGUUUUGCUUUUAGGAAAGGUGACCUUGAGGGCCAUGGGAAGGGUGGAUGGGAGGGGUCAGGCAGGGAGGAGCUGUAGUCUAGGGGUAAGGUGAUGAAGCCCUCCGGCACGGGAAGAGUGCAGACAAGAGCAGCUGGUGCAGAGUAAAAGGCUGGAGUGGCUAGCUGAGAGUCGGCAGGCAGGGAGAGGGAGGAGCCCUGGGUGUGUCCUGGGUGUCAGGCUUUGGAUCUCUGGCGGAAUGAUGCCCUGAGCUGGGUAACACUGGGCUAGUUUUAGACAAGCCGAGUUGCAAGUAUCUUAGGUGGUCUAUGUGGAGUGCUCAGUACAGGAUGAAAAUGUAAACACACCUCUGGUAAGAAUGUGAAUCAUUACAAUCACUGUGUAAAACUCUUUGGUAUUAUCUAUUCAAGCUAAGCGUGUUCACCUGGUGACCCCGCAGUUCCACUCUGAGUCUAUACCCAGCAAAACUGAGUGCUGCUUUGUGCAAGAAUGUUUGCGGCCAGCGCCGCUGCUCACUAGGCUAAUCCUCCACCUAGCGGCGCCGGCACACCGGGUUCUAGUCCCAGUCGGGGCGCCGGAUUCUGUCCCGGUUGCCCCUCUUCCAGGCCAGCUCUCUGCUGUGGCCAGGGAAGGCAGUGGAGGAUGGCCCAAGUGCUUGGGCCCUGCACCCCAUGGGAGACCAGGAGAAGCACCUGGCUCCUGCCAUCGGAUCAGCGCGGUGCACCGGCCACAGCGCGCCGGCCACGGCGGCCAAUGGAGGGUGAACCAACGGCAAAGGAAGACCUUUCUCUCUUGUCUCUCUCUCUCACUGUCCAUUCUGCCUGUCAAAAAAAAAAAAAAAAAAAGAA